AUGUGUUUCACACAUCUAUCCGAUUCUCCUGUACCGACUCUCUGUACUUCCACUCCCGUAUGCCAAACUAAUAUUAUUAGUUCGGACCUUGUUCUCUUUCUUGUGGAGAGACAAAGCCCCCUGGUAUCUCGCGAGAUCUGUUGCCUUCAUCCCUCUGAGGGCUGUCUGGGUGUGCCUAGCAUUGAGAUUCGUCAACAUAUGCUUCGCAUUACCUUUCUAGACCGAAUGUGUCGCGGAUCGGAUGAGGUGGGCGCCUUCUGGAAAGAGGACAUCCGUAAACAUUUCCCAUCCCUGAGAAGUGUGCACUCGUGCGAGGAGGAGGCCGGUCGUACACCCCGAGCCGAGUGCUCCUUCUACCGCGAAUGUCGUCGUGCUCUGAAACUCCUCUUACGGGCGUCGGAUGGCCUCUCCAACGCCCAAGCGUUGUAUCGACUGUUAGUUAGGGGGGGUGUUCAAGAUGAUCUGAUUGGCGAGCUCGGUCUUACGAAGCAGGAGGCUCGCUCGAUAUGGCCUUGGGCGCCUGUGUUGAAUAAUAACUCAAUAACGAUGAGGCAUCACUCACCUGAUUCUUGGGCUCUCUGGGUCGGCAAGAGACUUUGUUCAGCAGGCUUGGAGAAAUAUCCAAACUGUCGUCGCUGUACUGGGGAAGUCGAGACCAUUGGUGAUGCCUUUUUUCAGUGCAGGACGGUAAUGCCGUUGUGCAAGUUUGUUGAAGGCCUCAUGUUUCGCAUGCUGCAGGGAAAUUUCUUUGUCCUUGAAGCCAGUUCUGUCUGUAGCAAUGUGGUGCCGCAGUUGACGAAGGCUGAACACUAUGUGUUCUGUUGCUUACUAGGGGUUAUGAGAGUCGUGAUGUGGACGACGCGUCAGAAGGAAUUCUAUGAUGGCGAGCAGUUCACCUCUUCACAACUGAUCUUGUACUUUAAGCAUCAGCUUAAAGUCAAGAUUAGGACGGAAAGGCGGCGGCUCCCCUCAUCAGAAUUUGGCAAAAGAUGGGUGAAUCUUGCGCGCUUGUGUCGAGUAAAAGUGGCUGACUUGGAGUGGCAUUUUCAUGCCGGUUAG